ACGAAGAAAUCGCAUGACGAAUAUAGAGAACGCGCUUACAUCGCCGCCUCGAGGCGAACCGACCGUAGCAUCGAAGCUCGUCUCCAGUCUGCCCGGAUGGCCAGUGAGAUCCACAAGAAGCGCACCCGUAAAGCGCUGCGCGUAUCUGCGGAGAUUGUCAUGAAUGAGGGGUUAUACGAGGAAGAGGAAGACAGUUUCCCUCAGCCUUACCGACUCCCAGGACGGAAUAUGCAGACCUCGUCCGCUGAGGUGAUGUCGCGAGUAGAUGCAUAUCCGACGAGCCGGGUCGCCGUAUCUAAGUUGGUAUCAGCCACAGUUAUGGAACGGGACUGGCGCGAGAAUAAGGUGAACCAGGAUUUUGCCCAGGCCUUCCCUCACGCCAAUCAGAUCCUGUCACAAAGAUGGUCGACCCCUGGUUUCCCUAUUGCCUCUCCGGCUCGGGGUGGCCGGCUUCAUACCCCCUCGAACGCGACAUCUGGACCAAACCUCCCGCCGUUCCAUAAUGAACGAGGACAUCGUGUCAACGGAUGGAGCCAAUCACUCCUAGGGGUGUCACUAUCUGAGCUAGACUUGGAUGACGGCGGCUUAUCUCCGCAGCUACUCACGCCCGAAUCUAAAAUCCACACGGAGACGCCUCAGUCGCAAACGGCGUCAGAUUUCGCAGACAGAAAGCCUUUUGGCUCAGUUGUGGAGUUCAGGUCUGAUAGAUAUGAAUUCGCCGCUGAGCUACCUCCCAAUGUAAUGAUCUUGAUGGCAGGCACUAGCAAUAAUGGCUAUAACAACCCCAUCGAUCCAGCGCUGUACGACCAGCAGCGGGUAUUCGCUGACACACCGUUGAACAAUCGGGACAAGAUGACAAAUUAUUCCAACAUAGAGCAUGAGCAGGCAAUCGGCAGAGAAUCUCAUGACGCCCCAGGUCCAACGCAGGGAGACGCGGCCUACAAGUCGAGCGUGCUUGAAGACCAGUUCUUCUGGGAUAUGUUCUUUAACAACGCUACAUAG